GCAUUGGAAAAUAUUAUAAAUGUAUGUGGAACUAUAAUAGAUUUAAAACGGAAGCCAUCUUAUAAUUUGUAAAACUGUAAACAUUAUAUGGCUAAAUUUCUGUAUUGAUAAUAUAGGAAGUUACAUUAUUUUACUGGAUUUGUUUUUUUAUUGAUCUUUAUUUAUUCAAAAAAAAUCUUUUCAUUAUCAGUUCCCCAUGUCCCCCAAUCCCCAUCUAUAUACAUUUUUACUUUUAUAAGUCCUUCACCUGUCCUUUUUUACCAAGCCACAUGCUUAAAUUUUUUUUCUUCAAAUUUUUAAUGAAAGCUACAAAACAUUUCGUUAUUGCUUUUCUACUCCCUCCCUUCAGUUCCACAAUAACAUUCUUAGUUUAUGUUUCUAAAUAUUUUCAGACAAAAUGGCUCGGUUUAACUUUCAAGAAUCAGAAGACAGGUGGGACUGCGCGGUAGAAAAAGAUUUUCUUGAGUUGAGUUUGGAUCAGGAUCUUGGGUCUGAGUUCCAGUUUCUACCAGACGAAGAUGCGCUCAAGAGUAUUGUGGAGAACAGAGGGAUAAACCAACAUCAGAAAUAUGAGAAGAUGGCUGAAUACACCCAGAGCAGAACAGUACACACACCAAGUACAGGAGGGAAGGAACAGUACCAGUUCUUCCAGGGGAAAGACGGACAUGUCUUCUUCAGGAGAAAAGUUUCUACGCCGGCCGGGAGAAAAAAAAAGUUUGACCCAGAGAGAUUUAAACCAGUGAGGUUCAAGACAGGAAGCUUCGGGAAGAAGGAUACAUUCAAAAAACCUCACAGUUUCAACAAAGAGAAUAUCAAACCAAAAACGUGGAGUCAGAGCGUUGAGAAGAAGAGAGCAUUGGAUCAAGGUUCACACUUCCAUCUUCAAAGUAUCUCUGAGAUAAAACCUAAAUCUAUGCUUCCUGUAGCUCAGGAUUCCACUGCAGCUCGAAAAAGUCUUUACUUUGGAAAGGGUUCUAAAGCUGGGUUUAAGAAACCUCUAACUCCAGAGAAGGAUGGUUCAGCUUUGCCUCUGUAUCCCUUGACCCAGCUAAACAGAGAUUCUGCUCGGUUUCUACCCAGGGAAAGCUUAGCCUGGCUCAACCAGCUACCCAGGGAUUCUGCGACCUUCCUGGAGUUGGAGAAGAUGAUGGGAGAAAAGGAUCAGUUUCUUGUGAACGAGGAUGAUACUUUUUCCUUUGAGGCUCUUGAAUGCAGGGUACGCACCCCAAUGCGUCCACCCGUCAGGAUUACAUGCACCGCGCGCUUUUCUGAGUAUUUUCUUGAGAAGGACCUAGCGAAUGAUACCAAGGGCGUAUUAGAAGCAGUAGAACGUGUGUGUGCCAAUGAGGACAAAGAAGAGAAGAAAGUGGAGACUAAACAGGGCACAGACAUAAGUACAAAACAAAGUAAUGCUGAGCUAGAACUUGAGCUGGAGAACCUACCCUUGAACCCUAUACUUGGAACCUCAACCCUGAGAAGCAUGAGCAUGUCGAACCUGGAUCCGGAGACAGAGAACUUUGAAGUUGCGCGGGCACAGAGUGUGGAAGAUCUUAGGGAAGGAGUUAUAACUUCUCGAAUAGUUUCAACGAAGGAAAUCAGCAAGGUGUUGGAAGACCUAGAGAGGUUCAGAAUUGAACAAGAUGAAUUGCAGCGGCAGCAAGAGGAACUUUUUCUAAAAAUAAGAGAGAGAAAGAAGGCGUUCAAGGAAAUAUGGGGAGUUAGUCCGAUGCGUAUAAAUACUAAAAGAACUGUAAUUCCUAAACACUCGGAAUCAACCGAACCAAACUUUACAAAAUCACUCUUAACCGAAUCAGAAGACAGAUCUGCAUCUGGUGCUAUUCCUUCUGACAGCUUUCAUUCCUCUCCAACAUCAUCAACUCCAUCUGUAAACAAUAUUAAAUCAAAAGCUUCUGUUGCUGCUCCAGCUCCUGCUACGGAUGCUGAAACUCCUGGUACUGAUGCUGUAACUCCUGCCAUGCAAGCUGAGAUUCGGAAAGUCAGGUUUCAAAGCGGAGAGAAUCAGCACAGACUGUUGACACCAGAUUCAUGCAAACAGGAUUGCAGUGCCACUUCCAACCCCGUCUCAGCGCCUUCAUUAUCAAACCAGUCCUUCGCUUCAUUGAAAACUUCGUUCUCAUUCUUACAGACCCCUGUUGGAAGUAAAGCGGGUAACGCUGACCGGAUUGUUAAUAGGCAAGGUGCACAUCUGUUGCACCAGAAAGUUCAAGAAAAUGAGGAUAAUACAGUUUCAGUACGCCUGGGAGUACCUACUCCAGUAGCGCUCAAGACCCUGUCUGCACUCGUCAAGGAAGAAUACGCGCUCCUCUACGCAGAAUCAUCAGAAUCUGAAUCUGAAGAAGAAUCUGUGGAUAUUAUUAGACAGAUUAAAUUUUAAAAUAACCAUCAAUUCUAGUACAGUGGUGUCUAAUAUAAAUUGGAAACUGUAAAAACUUUAUUAGUUUGAAGGGCACAUGCUAAAAUGUUUUUAAUUUUUUCAAAACUAUUGAUAAUCAAACUAAACAGUCAGCAGAAUAUAUAUUUAGAACAAACAAUUUUUUUAAAGUUUAAACUUAUCAGAUUUUACUGGAGCUUUGCCUUUAAAACAUAAAUAUGAACUGAAUUUCAGAAAAAAACUUUUUACCUUUUUGAUGGUUUUCGUAUUCCACUUAGUCUUGUCAACACCAUACAUCGUAAAUGACAACGAGCUUCAUAAUAUGCUCAAAUUAUAUGGCAUUUUAUUUACAUUUGAUGGUGUCUAAAUAAACAAUGUUAGGCAUGGAUUUAGGAACGACUAAGAAAUAAGCAUUAUACCCCUGAUGUUGUAAAAAUAUACGAGGUUUUAUUAAAAAUAUAUCGGUAUCAAUUUAAACCUUGCCAUUUUAUGAAUGAACUUCAAUGAUAUUUUCGAACGCAGCUGCACGUACCAGUAUAAUUCUAAUUGGUCGUUCAUUUUCACAGUAUCUGACGGUCAGUUCAUGAGUUUUACUAAGCAUUCGUAAACACAUUUAAUUUCUCUGCAUUUAAGAUACUGACAGAAAUGGUUCAUGUGCAAGAAAAACCUGUAAAUUACGCAAAACUAUUGGUCAAUUUAUGAAAUAACAUUUCAUACUUCGAAAUUUUUUUGUACCUUUUGCCCGAUUAUUUUAUUGAAUUGAACCUUUUAAAUUAUUAUUUGAAAGUAAAUAUAUGUUUUUAUACUAUCUCUAUUAUCUAUCAAAUGCAAAUGUUCCAGA